ACGUUGUCCGCUAAUGUGGAUCCGUUCUACCUCAGCUGAACCGCCAGUUUCUAAUUGCUGUUUGUUUACGCUGGUCUUUGCCCACCCUCGUAGUUGCCUGGAUGGUGUGGUUCUUGAAGGAACUCCUGCCGCCGGACCGCUAAUCUCCAGCCAGCCUUGAUUAUGCAUCUCCAAUAAGUUUAUAAAAUGCACGCCGGUGCACUCGCUAAAAUAUAGACGUUUGGCGACGGAUCGCGUUAACUUUUUGCUCUCCGCAUUCCACCGUCUAGUACUUGCGGCAAAACGGUCUUUCUCUUUGCUCGCACUGCAGCAGCUCUUAUCUAUUUUAUCGUCGAACAGUAUUCACUGAUAAUGCGUCGCACGUAGAGUAACUAGUUUGCGUGCUUCGCAUUCCCGUCGCGGAUGCUGUUGUAGCCGUUCUCGUUGUAACCGGCCUUCAUUCGUUGAGGUAACCAGCACGCCUUAGCGACGCCGCAAUCGCACCGACUGCUUAUGCAUCGUCGCAUGGUCUGAGAGUAUCGCUAGCGACACUAGCGAUAGCUCGAACCUAAUUCAGUGCUGUCGCAUGUACGUCACAAAAUUUGUGGCGAUAGGUUUGUUGAUUAAAAGUUUGCCGGCGUUUCAAGCGCGAGUCGCCAGUGCGCUUCUGACACAGCAAAGCGGAAGCUUUGUCUUUUUCCCCCAAAUAGGAGUCCUAUUCGAGCGCAUUUUCACCAGUACGUCUCGUUUCAGCCGUAGAACAAUUCACCCUCAAUAAGAUCAUUAGUGUAGACAUUAUUGUUCAGACUGUAUUAUCAUUCCGGAAAGUUACCAUUUCGGAGGUAGAUCAGACGAGAUCGGAUUAGAGCCAUGGCGGCGCCUGAAGCAGCGGGCAUAGUGCAGACGGAGGAAGACGAGUUGUUCCGCGAAGGCUGCGCGUUCGAAGGCGCUGCGGUGGUGGCUCUCGUGAAAGGCGACGCGGGAAAGCCGGAUGGCGGCGGGGAAGGGGGCGGAGAGGGGGAGGGGGGAGCCAAGACCAUGGAGAUUAUGUUGGAUGAUGGCGUGUUGUUUACCCUGGAGCUCGAUUCCGGAGAGAAACGGUUAAUGGAGCUGGGAUACAAGCAGGACCUGCAACGGUCCAUGAACUCGUUCGAGCUGUUCUCUGUGGCCUUCUGCGGCGUGGGCAUGUUCCUGGGGAUCCCCUACUACGGCACUGCCUACCUCAACGGCGGGCCGGUGUGCUGCGUGUGGUUCUGGUGGAUCACCGCCUUCUUCGCCCACCUGCUCGCCCUGUCCUUUGCUGAGAUCGCCUCCUCCUUUCCUACCGCUGGUUCGCUCUAUUUCUGGGCGGCUGCUCUCGCCGGCCCAAAGUACGGCCCUUUUGCAGCGUGGAUCACAGGCUGGCUGGAGUUUGUGGGUGUGUCGGUGGGGGUGGGCGGAGUGGCAUUUGGUGGCAUUCAGCAGAUAAUGUCGCUCGUGCUGCUAGCCACAGGUGGCAUGAACGGUGGCGGCUACGACUUCCCGCACUACCUGCAGUUUCUCUCGUGUGCGGCGCUCAUCCUGAUCUGUGCGGCCAUCAACAUUCUCCCCGUCAAGCGAGUCGGCCAAGUGCUGGCUGUCGGCGCUGUGCUGCAGAUCUUAGUGGCAGUGGCGUUCAUAAUCACCCUCCCUGCAGUGGCCAAGACCCAUCAGCCGGCUUCGUGGGUGUUUGGCCACUUUGAAGUGCAAUAUGCCAUCACAGGCAUUCCCAACGGGGCGUAUGCAGUGGUAGCCGGCCUGCUGAUGUCGCAGUACGCGCUGUAUGCAUUCGAUGCAGCGGCGCACACCUCAGAAGAGGCCAAGCGGUCCGAUGUGACGACUCCCUUUGCCAUGAUUGCUGCCCUCUCGUUGAUCAGCUUCGUGGAGUGGGGCGUCAUUGUUGCUCUCACCUUCUGCAUUCAGGACCCAGCAAACCUGCUGGCCACAGACACGGUGACAGGGGGGGAGGCGGCAGAGGUGCAGAUCCUAUGGGACGUAUUCUAUGGCAGAUUUGGCAACGGCGCGGGUGCGUGUGUGUUUCUUGGCCUUUUCUUCACUUCCUUUUUCUUCGCCACCAUCACUCUCAUCCUCGCUGCUGCUCGCGUCGGAUACGCCUUGUCUCGUGAUCAUGGGUUACCGCUCUCCUUUCUCUGGCGCCAGGUCAACGCCCACAAAGUGCCAGUCAACGCCAUCGCAUGCACCAGCGCCAUAGCCAUCAUUUUCCUCAUUCCCCUGCUGGGGGGCUCCGUCGCCUACUUCGCUGUCACUGGCAUGGCCACUGUGGGGUGGUUCGGUGCGUACGGCGUUCCGAUCUUCUUCCGAAUCAUCCAAUCAGACAGGGACUUUUCCCCUGGGCCCUUCUAUCUGCCCAACUACAUCGGCCACUUUGGCGGCAAGUGUGUCCACGUCCUUGCUCUUACAUACGUCGUCUACACCAUGGUCGUCUUCGUUAUUCCAACGGAGUACCCUGUAACUGCGGAGAAUUUCAACUACGCCUCUGUGGGCAUUGUUGUUGUCAUGGCAAUAUUCCUUCUAUGGUGGGUGCUGGAUGCUCAUCGGUGGUUCAAGGGCCCAAAGAUUGCGAAGCAAGAAGACGAGGGUGCAAGAGCACCGGAGCAACAAGAGAACUACCAGGUGGGUCGUUGGUUCCAAUAGAUGUGCGUCGAGUUAGACUAAGGGAUAAGGCAAUAAAGGUAGUUCUAAAUUAUUUGGUACAACGAAAUUAUGUGGUUGGUAGAUUCCGUUGUGUAAACAAAGAAAUUAUGUAGAAGAUAGCCACUUGAAGUGAAGUUAGAAGCACAUCCUUUAGUCUAAGAGGGCCUUCAGCCUAGAUAUAAUCUUGGGAUGUUAUAGCUAAUUCUUGCUGCCAAUCACUUUCAGU